AACCAAAUGAACAAAAUGGAGCUGUCAAACUCAACGUCAUAUAAUUCGGCAAACCCCAUCAAAAUUUAUGUCGUCCACAUCCUUAGACUGCGCUCACAUUGAACGCGUACCCGACUUGGCCAUAGCUCAGGCGAAAUUUGUGCUUACCCUUCCAGAAUAUAAAGAUGACGAGGAACUUAAAGCGAAAUUACUAAAUACGAUAGUUUCCAAAAACAUGGCGCCGUGGUAUGUCGAAGUAUGUAAGGAGCUGAACUGGGAGCGCGACGAAGAGCUGUACCAAACCAUGGCGAGUCGCAACGAAAGUCGCCUGCUCGAGUUGGACCAGGCAAUCGACAAUGUCUUAACGCACGGUACCGCUUCCGAGGCAUUUGCACACACUGUCGCGAUUGGUCAAAAAAUGGACAACGUCUUAUCGUGUAUUCGCAUCGGGUUCUUCUUCUCCAACCACGAACUGGUGCGUCACCACUUAGCACGUGCAGAGGAACUGGCCGAAAUGGGAGUUGACUACGAGAAACGAAACCGCUUACAAAUUUACAGAGGAUUAUACGGUUUGAUGGUCCGAGAUUUCAGCUCGGCCUCUACCAAUUUUCUCGCCACCGUUGCCACGUUCGCCUGCAACGAACUUUUGGACUACCCAACCUUUAUAACCUACACAGUCAUCGCCGCGAUUUACGCGCUACCAAGACUGGACCUAAAAAGACAAGUCGUCGACAACUCGACCCUUUUACAAGCGCUGCACGGCCUACCCGGAACCAGGCAGUUCCUCUUCUCACUCUACGAUUGCGACUACGCGAAGUUCUUCCAGACCCUGGCCAACGUCGAAAGGCAAGUCAAAGAGAAUUACAUCCUACACCCCCACUACCGAUGUUACGUGCGCGACAUGAAAGCGAAGGCCUACCUGCAGUUUCUGUUCUCGUUCCAGUCGGUAAGCUUCGAUUACAUGGCGCAGCAAUUCGAUGUGACGCCGGAGUUUAUCGAAACGGAAAUCUCGCAGCUAAUCGAGAUGGGAAAACUGUUCGCGAAGAUCGACAAAGUGCACAGGUUGGUCGUGCUGACGCGCGGAAUCGAACAGCAACGGAGCGACACGUACAAGCAGGUCGUGAAGCAGGGCGACGCGCUGCUCGGCAAAAUAGGCGACCUAACCAAGUUUUUGGAUAGUAGAAGAUAAUAGCUUUAAGACAUCACCUGCAGUUUAAUUGAACCCAACCGUAACCCCCUUACGCGUAAUGACAUUGUUAAGCAAUA